UCCACUGUAUCCUCCACUUGGACGUCUCCAGUCUCACAGUCUCCCUUCUCCCCAAAUAACCAUGACUUGUGGAUCCUACUGUGGUGGCCGCGCCUUCAGCUGCGCCUCAGCCUGCGGGCCCAGGCCUGGCCGCUGCUGCAUCUCCGCAGCUCCCUACCGCGGCAUCUCCUGCUACCGCGGACUCUCUGGGGGCUUCGGAAGCCGCAGCAUCUGCGGGGCCUUCCGCUCCGGCUCCUGUGGACGCAGCUUCGGAUACCGCUCUGGAGGCGUCUGCGGGCCCACACCCCCCUGCAUCACCACAGUCUCUGUCAAUGAGAGCCUGCUCACACCCCUCAACCUGGAGAUCGACCCCAAUGCUCAGUGUGUGAAGCAUGAGGAGAAGGAACAGAUCAAGUGUCUCAACAGCAAGUUUGCCGCCUUCAUCGACAAGGUGCGCUUCCUGGAGCAGCAGAACAAGCUGCUGGAGACCAAGUGGCAGUUCUACCAGAACCGCAAGUGCUGUGAGAGCAACGUGGAGCCGCUGUUCGAGGGCUACAUCGAGACCCUGAGGAGGGAGGCUGAGUGUGUGGAGGCUGACAGCGGGAGGCUGGCUGCUGAGCUCAACCAUGCCCAGGAAACCAUGGAGGGCUACAAGAAGAGGUACGAGGAGGAAGUUUCUCUGAGAGCCACAGCUGAGAAUGAGUUUGUGGCUCUGAAGAAGGAUGUGGACUGUGCCUAUCUGCGCAAAUCAGACCUGGAGGCCAACGUGGAGGCACUGACCCAGGAGAUUGACUUCCUGAGGAGACUGUAUGAGGAGGAGAUCCGAAUCCUCCAUGCCCACAUCUCAGACACCUCUGUCAUCGUCAAGAUGGACAACAGCCGGGACCUGAACAUGGACUGCAUCGUGGCUGAGAUCAAGGCUCAGUAUGAUGACAUUGCCACCCGCAGCCGGGCAGAGGCCGAGUCCUGGUACCGCACCAAGUGUGAGGAGAUGAAGGCCACAGUGAUCCGUCACGGGGAGACCCUGCGUCGCACGAGGGAGGAGAUCAAUGAGCUGAACCGCAUCAACCAGAGGCUGACAGCCGAGAUUGAGAACGCCAAGUGCCAGAACACCAAGCUGGAGGCUGCAGUGACCCAGUCUGAGCAGCAGGGAGAGGCCGCCCUCACCGAUGCCCGCUGCAAGCUGGCUGAGCUGGAGGCUGCCCUGCAGAAGGCCAAGCAGGACAUGGCCUGCCUGCUCAAGGAGUACCAGGAGGUGAUGAACUCCAAGCUGGGGCUGGACAUCGAGAUCGCCACCUACAGGCGCCUGCUGGAGGGCGAGGAGCACAGGCUGUGUGAGGGCGUUGGCUCCGUGAAUGUGUGCGUGAGCAGCUCCCGCGGUGGCGUCGUCUGUGGCGAUCUCUGUGUCUCCGGUACUGGCCCUGCUGUCAACACCAGAGUGUGCAGCGCCCCCAGCGGUAACGUGGUGGUGGGCACCCCCAAUGCCUGCGCCCCCUGCGCCGGGGCGGGCGCCUGCAGCGGAGGCUGUAAGAAGUGCUAGGAAGAAGCCGCACGGCUGCCACCGCCCACUCUGCCCGAAGUGACCGCACAGCGCGACAGUGGCCUCGGCGCCUCCAUCUCAUCCUGUAGCCUUCUCUAGCUUCUUGCUUUUAUUUCCCCUUCUGUUUUUUGCCGGAUUCAUUGGUCUUAAGAUCUUGGAGGAUCCGCUGCCCCAGGAUCCUCUUUGUCCGCCGGGUCCCUAGCAUGAUUUUGCCUGGGCACGGAGACAGGGACCAACACGGUUGCUGGCUUUCCUGUCACUCAGCGAGAGACCACGUGACCCAGAGCAUCUCCUUCCGGGUCUGCCUGGCAGCCGCUCCCCCCAAACCAGGGACUCGGCGGCGGCGGCCUGCACUUUGGCCUUUGUCUCACUCUGCGUUCCCAAUAAACUAAUUGCAGCGAAUCAAA